AUAUAAAAACGUAACAUCAGCCCUGGUUCGGUGCACGUUGUGUUUAUUUUGAUUGCUGUUUGCUCUGUAAAUAUGCAGCGAAAAGAGCCAAAUCCUUUUCUUAAGCUGGGCUUGCGUCCUUGGCUGACCAAGCAGCUAAUUAAAUUAGGUCUCAAGGAAGCGACGCCAAUACAAGAGAACUGCAUACCAGCGAUUUUGUCUGGCAAGGAUUGCAUUGGUGCGGCUAAAACAGGUUCCGGCAAGACAUUUGCGUUUGCCCUGCCCAUAUUGGAGAAAUUAAGCGAGGAGCCUGUCAGUCAUUUCGCCCUGGUGCUGACACCCACACAUGAGUUGGCCUACCAAAUCUCCGAACAGUUCCUGGUGGCUGGUCAACCCAUGGGUGUGCGGGUGUGUGUUGUCUCUGGCGGCACAGAUCAAAUGAUCGAGAGCCAGAAGCUGAUGCAGCGGCCACACAUUGUUGUGGCCAUGCCAGGUCGCCUGGCUGAUCACCUCACAGGCUGUGACACCUUCUCGUUCGAUAAUCUGAAAUAUCUGGUCGUGGAUGAGGCGGAUCGCAUGCUCAACGGAGAUUUUGAUGAGAGCUUGGCCAUUAUCGAAAGUUGCCUGCCAAAAACGCGACAGAACUUGUUCUUUUCGGCCACAAUGAAGGACUUUAUUAAGGAUUCCAGCAUAUUUCCCAUAGCAAAGGACUGCCUGGAAUGGUCCCAGGACUCCGACGUGGCCACUGUGGACACCCUCGAUCAACGUUAUUUACUCUGCGCCGACUAUGAUCGUGAUAUGGUGCUCAUCGAAUCUCUGCGCAAAUAUCGAGAACAGAAUGAAAACGCCAAUGUCAUGAUCUUUACAAAUACCAAGAAAUACUGUCAACUGCUGUCGAUGACGCUGGCUAAUAUGGAUAUUGAGAAUGUUUGCCUGCAUGGCUUUAUGAGGCAAAAGGAACGCGUUGCGGCGCUCAGUCGCUUCAAGUCCAAUCAUGUGCGCACGCUAAUUGCCACAGAUGUGGCAGCACGUGGUCUGGACAUUCCCAGUGUGCAGCUGGUGAUGAAUCAUAUGCUGCCGCGCACACCCAAAGAAUACAUACAUCGUGUGGGACGCACGGCCAGAGCUGGACGUCAGGGUCUAUCCAUAUCUAUCUUUCGUUUUCCCCGCGACAUGGAACUGCUGGCCGCCAUCGAAGCAGAGAUCAACACAAAGCUAACAGAGCAUCCCAUUGAUCAGCGCAUGGUGGAGCGUAUUUUCAUGCAGGUGAAUGUGACACGUCGCGAGUCUGAGAUGAAGCUGGAUAACAAUGACUUUGACGAACGUGCUCAGAACUACAGGCGCAAAACGUGGAUAAUGGAGGGCAAGGAUCCGGACGAAAUGGAGGCACGCUAUCGUAAACAACAAAAGGACAAACUACGGGAAAUACGUCGCAAGCGGAAGCAGCAACAAACGGAAUCGGCAGCCAGUGAGGAGGGAAAAGCCAUGUUGCUCGAUGAACGCUUCAAGUCCGUGGACAGUGCGCGCUUUGAAAAGAAAUUCCGAAAGCGUUCGGCCAAAGAAACGACGGACGAUGGCAACAAAGUAAAAAGGACACAGUUCGGAUUAGAUAAAGCCAAAGUGUCCAAGGAUGCAACUGCAACAAAGAAGACAACAAAUGCCAAGCGAAAAACAAAAGCGAAGAGUUCAGUUUAAAUUUAAAUAAAUGUGUAUAUGUAUUAUAACAAAUUACUUUUGAGCUUACACUACUAAGCAGUUGCGCAAUGCAUCAUUAAAUAUGUAUGUAUGUAAUUUCAAUAUUUCAGACAUGCUUCAAC